AUGGGGGAUGCCGCAGACACCAAGGAGAUGAGGAAGACUUUCAUUGUUCCUGCUAUCAAACCCUUUGACCAUUAUGAUUUCUCCCGAGCGAAAAUCGCCUGUAAUCUCGCCUGGCUGGUGGCCAAAGCCUUUGGGACAGAAAAUGUUCCAGAAGAACUAAGAGAACCGUUUUACACAGACCAGUAUGACCAGGAGCACAUUAAACCACCUGUUGUUAACUUGCUGCUGUCUGCAGAACUGUACUGUCGUGCUGGGAGCCUUAUUCUCAAGAGUGAUGCUGCAAAACCACUUCUAGGUCAUGAUGCUGUUAUACAAGCCCUGGCACAAAAAGGCCUUUAUGUCACUGACCAAGAAAAGUUGGUGACUGAACGAGAUCUUCACAAAAAACCAAUUCAGAUGAGUGCUCACUUGGCCAUGAUCGAUACUCUUAUGAUGGCAUAUACUGUAGAGAUGGUCAGUGUUGAGAAAGUGAUUGCAUGCACUCAGCAGUAUUCAUCCUUCUUCCAAGCUACAGAUCUACCCUACGACAUUGAGGAUGCUGUCAUGUACUGGAUAAACAAGGUAAAUGAACAUUUGAAAGACAUAAUGGAACAGGAACAAAAACUGAAAGAGCAUCACAGUGCAGAAUCUGCAGGAGGUCAGAAGUCUCCUACCAAAUGGUUUUGGAAACUGGUUCCUGCUCGUUACAGGAAGGAGCAGACACUACUUAAACAGCUGCCAUGCAUUCCAUUGGUGGAGAAUCUGCUAAAAGAUGGAACAGAUGGUUGUGCUCUAGCAGCCCUGAUUCACUUCUACUGUCCAGAUAUCAUUAAACUGGAGGAUAUUUGUUUGAAAGAGACAAUGUCUUUGGCUGACAGCCUGUAUAACCUACAACUGAUUCAAGAAUUUUGUCAGGAAUAUCUUAACCAGUGUUGCCAUUUCAGUCUUGAGGAUAUGCUCUAUGCAGCUUCUUCAAUAAAGAGCAACUACAUGGUGUUCAUGGCAGAAUUGUUCUGGUGGUUCGAAGUGGUGAAGCCGUCAUUUGUACAACCUCGUGUUGUGCAUUCCCAAGCUGAACCUGCAAAAGAUGCAGCUUCUACUCACAGUUUGAAUGCUAACAGACGAAAUUAUAUGGAGGGUCCAUCUGGGCCUGACUUCGUAGCCAGGUACUGUUUUGCACAGCCUUACUCAUCUGUUCCAGGAGUCAUCAGAAGGUCCACAUCAAUGUCUUAUGUAGAUGGGUAUGUAGGGACUUGGCCCAAAGAAAAAAGGUCAUCAGUACAUGGAGUUUCAUUUGACAUUUCUUUUGACAAAGAAAAAAACAUUCCAGUACCCACUCCAAGCAGAGGAAUUACUAGAUCUGUGAGCAAUGAAGGCCUUACAUUGAACAUGAACCGCAUGCCGAAACACAUAAGGAAAAAUCUGUCCUUCAAAUCAGUAAAUAGAGAAGAGGAAAACCAAGAUAUUGAAGAGGAGAGGGACACGAUAGAUCAUAAAGACACAAAGGCCAAUCAGUCUGUUAACGCAAAUCAAAAAAAUGCCAACGAGAGCCACUGCUACAGAUUUCCAAAUGGAGCUCUGCAAAACAGGGCAGUUCUGGAUGAUUUUGGCAAUCAGAUUGAGACACCAACCAUUGAAGAGGCUUUGCAGAUAAUUCAUGACACUGAAAAAUCUCCCAGGGUUAUCCAACCAGACCAAAUUACAAAUGGGUUCUUUCUUCACAAUCAGGAGAUGAGCAUCUUGAAUUCAAACAUUAAACCAAAUCAGUCUACCCCUGAUAUAAUUACAGACACAAAAGGUGCUUUAAGUCCUGUGACUGACAAUACAGAAGUAGAUACUGGAAUACAUGUCCCUUCAGAAGAUAUUCCAGAGACAAUGGAUGAGGAUUCUUCUUUGAGAGAUUAUACUGUAAGCAUGGACUCUGACAUGGAAGAACCAUCUAAAUUUCUCCAGGAUUAUGACAUGCGAGCUAGCAAUCACAGAGAUCAAUUAAGUCCCUGUCCCAGCUCAGUAAGUACUAAAUCACAGGCAGGCAGCAGUGCUUCUUCAAGUUCAGGGGUUAAAAUGACUAGCUUUGCAGAGCAGAAAUUCAGGAAGUUGAAUCACACAGAUAGCAGAAGCAGUGGAAGCAGUUCUCAGAAAACCACACCAGAAGGUUCCGAGCUGAACAUCCCUCAUGUGGUUGCUUGGGCUCAUAUUCCAGAGGAGGCACCUGUGCCUCAAGGAAGAGACACCACACAGUUACUGGCCUCUGAAAUGGUACAUCUUAGAAUGAAGCUAGAGGAAAAGAGGCGAGCCAUUGAAGCACAGAAGAAGAAAGUUGAAGCUGCCUUCACAAAGCAGCGGCAGAAAAUGGGAAGAACGGCAUUUCUUAAUGUUGUGAAAAAGAAAGGUGAUGGAGUAUCACCUCUCCGAGAAGAAGCAGCAGGAGCUGAAGAUGAGAAAGUGUUCACUGACAGUAAUAGGUUAAAAGAGAAAGAAACUCAAAAAGCAGACAACCAGGCUGGUAAGACUUCAGAAUCAGUAAAAGAAACCCCUGAAAACUCUCACAGCAAAUGGUUAAAAUCUCCCGCUACUUCUACUGACGCUGAAAAGCAGUGGAAUUUAGCAAGUCCUUCAGAAGAAAAUCUUAAUGAAGGAGAUAUCUUAGAGUACACAAAAUCUAUUGAAAAACUAAACUCUUCCCUACACUUCCUACAACAAGAAAUGCAGCGUCUAUCCCUUCAACAGGAGAUGUUGAUGCAGAUGAGAGAGCAACAGGCUUGGGUUAUUUCUCCUCCUCAGCCUUCUCCUCAGAAGCAGAUUCGGGACUUUAAGUCUUCAUCAAGGCAAGUCGGAGCUCCGUCUCCUGUUGCACCUUUCUCACAGGAAUCUCCUCGCUCUACACACCAGUCUCCACAGUCUUCCAACAGGAAGAGUGCCUCUUUUCAUAUUAAAAUGCAAAGGACUCCUAGGCCAAAUGAACUGAAAAUCACACCUCUAAAUCGUACCUUGACUGCCCCACGGUCUGUGGAUAGUCUUCCCCGUUUGAGGAGAUUUUCUCCAAGUCAGGUUCCCAUUCAGACUAGAUCAUUUGUUUGCUUUGGAGAUGAUGGUGAACAUAUAAGUGAACCUCAAUUAAAGGGAAAUCUUUUGAAGGAAAUCAAGCCUACAGAAGAUGUAGCAAAAGAAGAAGGACCAAAAGUGCAGAAACAGUGUGAACAGAAGUUAGAGGAAAAGGAGAUUAAACCUAUUGAAUCUAAUGUUUCUGAAGUAUUAUCUCAGCCUAUCACAGAAACUGUCUGCCUCACCCCAAAUGAAGAUCAGCUAAGCCAACCAGUUUUACCAACUCCAGCUCCCAAAACAGCUAACUUAAUUGAAGUUUCCUUGUCAGAUUUGAAGCCACCAGAAAAAAGUGAGAUGUCUGUUGAGAAAUACGAAGGUGAGAGUGAUAGAGAACAAUUUGAGGAUGACCAGAAAGUGUGUUGUGGAUUCUUUUUUAAGGAUGAUCAAAAGGCAGAAAAUGAUAUGGCAAUGAAACGAGCAGCGUUAUUGGAGAAGCGUUUGAGAAGGGAAAGAGAGACACUGCUUCGAAAGCAGCAGCUGGAAGCAGAACUAGAACAUAAGAAGGAAGAGACAAGACGAAAAACCGAAGAAGAACGUCAGAAGAAGGAGGAUGAACGAGCACGGCGAGAAUUUAUUAAGCAGGAAUAUAUGAGAAGGAAACAAUUAAAGCUUAUGGAAGAUAUGGAUACUGUCAUCAAACCACGUUCCCUAUCGAUCAAAAAAAAGCCACGUCCAAAAUCUAUUCAUAGAGAUCAUAUUGAAUCACCUAAGACACCAAUCAAAGGUCCCCCAGUAUCUAGUCUUUCAUUGGCAUCGCUGAAUACAGGGGACAAUGAGAGUGUGCAGUCAGGCAAGAGAACACCAAGAUCUGAGUCUGUGGAGGGAUUCUUGUCUCCAAGUCGCUGUGGUAGUCGUAAUGGAGAAAAGGAUUGGGAAAAUGCAUCUACAACUUCUUCAGUUGCCUCUGCUACAGAAUACACAGGACCAAAGCUCUUCAAAGAACCCAGUGCUAAAUCCAAUAAGUAUAUCAUUCAGAAUGCCCUGGCACAUUGCUGCUUGGCUGGAAAAGUAAAUGAAGGUCAAAAGAAAAAAAUAUUGGAGGAAAUGGAAAAAUCUGACGCCAAUAAUUUCUUAAUCUUGUUCCGGGAUUCAGGCUGCCAGUUCAGAUCUCUGUAUACAUACUGCCCUGAUACUGAAGAAAUCAAUAAACUAACGGGAAUAGGUCCCAAAUCUAUCACAAAGAAAAUGAUAGAGGGACUGUAUAAAUACAACUCUGACAGGAAGCAAUUUAGUCACAUACCUGCUAAAACUUUGUCUGCCAGUGUCGAUGCGAUUACCAUUCACAGCCAUUUGUGGCAAACCAAGAGACCAGUAACUCCCAAGAAACUUUUACCCACCAAGGCAUAGUAGAUGGGAAAAAAUUUG